UCCUCUUCCGGAGCGUCGGAUUUUUUGCUUCACUUGACCGGGAAAAUUUCGAAAGGCUCGAUCAGUUCAUGAACACCACUUCGGUGUCUGUCGUGAAGCGUCUGGACCUCUGGGUUGAUACUGCCCGCGAUGUGCCUGAGGACAAGGUGCAAAAGUCUCUCGAACGACUUAUAGGUAUCUUCACCAGAUUCUCACAUCUCAUCGAGUUGACUCUGUUCGGUGACGGCAAGGAUCUGGGCAGCUUCCCCACCAUGUGGACCUCCUCAGCACAAUGUCAACUGGAGACCAUUGCGUUAUCUAUUUCUGACGAUAUCACACAAUCAAAGUGGGGCGGUUUCUUGACCUCACAACCUAAGCUUCGGCACUUGGGGAUAUAUCGUGCCAAAAGUUUUGAGGUGCCCCCCAUACCCUCACUUAUAUCUAUGAGGGUUGAACUCAGAUGUGGGCAUAUCCGCUUUCCUGACAACAUGUCGUCCACUCUACAUGCAUUGGAAUAUCUUUCUGUCAGAAGUGUUGACACAUUGUCCCUGUUGGACAUGCCAUCUUUGAAGCAGCUUCAUUGUUCCGAUGUGCAGAGAUUGGUUAUGGAUUCGGAAUUUCCAAAUCUUACGGACGUCAGCUUGGAUUCCAUACGCAAUUCCACCCCCCCUACGAUUCCACUCCCUUCCUUAUCAAAGCUCCGCAUGGUGGAUGUGCCGCUGCACCUUGCACGAGGAUGUACAACGCUCGCCUCCGUGGAAUUCCUGGACCACACUUUAGUUUGGCCGCGUCGACCUCACGAUCUGGAAUCGCUCAAGGAUUCUGCAUUGUCACUUCGCAGCCUGACCAUUAGAGAGGACCAUAGAUCGGAGAGCGAAAUUCCACCAUCCUACCAAGUAAUCAAGACAUUCACCUUCCUCACCGAUUUGACGAUCGAAUUCCACUCUAUUCUAGUUCGGCUCUGUUGGUCCCCUUUCGACCAAAAAUGCCCUACCAGUUCUUUAUUUGGCGUUGUGAAAUCGUUAAAAUGCCUUCAAACGCUCUCCUGGGAAGUUACCGUGUUACGAGUGGACCCGCGCGAGCGCGACCCGACCGAGGAGGAGACCACGGAUUACCUCGAUGAGGGGAUUGUGGGGGGGAUUGUGGGUUGGCUCGAUGACAUGUCGGAUGGCUACGCACGUACCAGUCCCUCGCUCCUCCAUGCCGAAUUCCGUUGUCGCGGCCUCGGAUACAUCUAUGACAUGCCGAGUGAAGAGACAGAAAAGCUAGGCUGGUGGAUGAGACAUACUAGGACCUCUAUCGCAGAUCCCUUUGAAAGGUGGGCUCUGAAAGAGGAAUUUUUCCUUGACCACAACGGAUACCGGCGCCACAUACGGUCAUGGCGGUACUGAUUUAUGGCUUUUUUUUUUUUUUAAAGCUCUUUUGUUCAUGUUGUAUCACCUCUUUCCGUGCUCUCCUCGAUCUGCCGAUUCACCUAGCUAGGCGUUUAACCUUGAU